CGCUCCUUCCGCCGCGGGCCUCCGGCACUUUUUUUAUCCGGCGGGGCAGGCGCGAGCCCGGCCACCCGGCGGUUGAUUCAUUAGUGGGGUCGAUCGACCACCCACCGCGGGCAGGGGACUGGACGAAGCGCUUGGGGGAGGACUAGAGAGCACACUCUGUCUGUCUCUCUUUCUCCUCCCCUCCAUUCGCCUUUCACAGGCUUCUUCCCAGAACUUCUCUGAAGGACACAAGCAGCUCUCAUCACCAUGGACUUUCAGCACCGUCCCGGGGGCAAGACUGGGAGCGGAGGAGUGGCCUCGUCCUCCGAGAGCAACCGAGAUCGCCGGGAGCGCCUGCGCCAGUUGGCUCUGGAAACCAUUGACAUCAAUAAGGAUCCGUAUUUCAUGAAAAAUCACUUGGGUUCUUAUGAGUGCAAACUGUGUCUCACGCUGCACAACAAUGAGGGAAGCUACUUGGCGCACACCCAAGGAAAAAAGCAUCAAACCAAUCUGGCCCGAAGAGCGGCGAAAGAGGCCAAGGAGGCCCCAGCCCAGCCUGCCCCAGAGAAAGUCAAAGUGGAAGUGAAGAAGUUUGUGAAAAUUGGCCGGCCGGGUUACAAAGUGACCAAACAGCGAGACACCGACAUGGGCCAGCAGAGCCUUCUCUUCCAGAUCGAUUACCCCGAGAUUGCGGAGAGCAUCAUGCCGCGGCACCGGUUCAUGUCCGCAUACGAGCAGCGGAUUGAGCCCCCAGACCGGCGCUGGCAGUACCUGCUGAUGGCGGCUGAGCCCUAUGAAACCAUCGCUUUUAAGGUGCCAAGCAGGGAAAUCGACAAGGCCGAAGGCAAGUUUUGGACGCACUGGAACAGGGAGACUAAGCAGUUUUUCCUCCAGUUCCAUUUUAAGAUGGAGAAACCUCCUCCUCCUCCUAGCCUCCCUGCAGGCCCUCCUGGAGUGAAGCGCCCUCCCCCUCCGCUACUGAAUGGUUUGCCUCCCCGUCCUCCUCUCCCAGAGUCCUUGCCACCGCCACCUCCAGGAGGCUUGCCUCUGCCCCCCAUGCCACCCCCUGGACCUCCUCAGUUGCCCCCACCGGCGCCUGGCGUCCACCCCCCGGCACCCGGCGUCCACCCCCCGGCGCCCGGCGUCCACCCUCCGGCACCCGGCGUCCAUCCCCCCGCGCCUGGCGUCCAUCCCCCGGCGCCUGGCGUCCAUCCCCCUGCGCCUGGUGUCCAUCCCCCGGCGCCCGGCAUCCAUGCUCCGGCACCUGGCCUCCACCCACCGGGGCCUGGCAUCCACCCCCCAGCACCUGGGGUCCAUGCGCCGGCUCCUGGAGUCCACCCCCCGGCGCCCGGCGUCCACGCCCCGGCCCCCGGUGUCCAUCCCCCAAACCCCAUGCCCCCAAUGCUGAGACCUCCGCUUCCUUCCGACGGCCCUGGAAACCUUCCUCCUCCCCCACCAGCCAAUUGAGUGAUUUCCCUCGCACGUGUUGCGUUUCCUUAGGAUUGACGUUUUUGUACGCAGGGGCUGUGGCUCCGUGCCCGACAUGGUUAUUAAAGAGAUUUC